GGGCCUGCGCUGGCUGGAUCCGAGCGCAGACAAACUUGCGUAGUCUUACCACGGUCUUCUCCUCUCUGCCAACCUCUCUCGCUUUCUCUAUGGACGGCCGGAGGCGAGAAGAGGAAACUGGAAUUUUUGUUGUCCGGACCGCAGCGCCUUAUGAGAGCCCAGCGAUGAUUUAAUCACGGAAAACCGGGGUGUGGGUGGGAAAAGAAGAAGGAGAAAAGACGAGAGGAGAGAGAGGAGCAGCCAGCCGUUGGAGAUGUGCGGUCGGGCCGAGAUUGCGGCGGUAUCCCUGUCUAAGCCUGGACUGAGCAGAUUGUUCUGAGAGGAAACGGAUAACAAACAGGGGAAGUGAACAUGGCUGGGACCUCUGGCUUCUUUUCCAACGGACCUGUGCCGUGGAUGGAUAACGACACAGAGAUGAACAACCUGUACCGAGAUCUGGAGCUGGGGACAGUACUGACACUGUUUUAUUCUAAGAAGUCCCAGCGGCCAGAGAGAAGGACAUUUCAAGUAAAGCUGGAGACCAGGACAAUUGUCUGGACUCGGGGCACAGAUAAAAUAGAGGGAGAGAUUGAUAUUCGAGAAAUCAAGGAGAUCCGUCCCGGACAGAAGUCCCGGGACUUUGAGCGCUAUGUGGAGGACUCGGCAGCGCGACUCGAUCAGGGCCAUUGCUUUGUUAUUCUGUACGGCACCGAGUUUCGCCUUAAAUCACUCAGCCUGGCAGCAACAUCUGAUGAAGAGAUGACCAUGUGGGUGAAGGGGUUAAACUGGCUUGUGGCUGAUACAUUGAAGUCUCCAACACCGCUUCAGAUCGAGCGGUGGUUACGUAAGCAGUUCUAUGCUGUUGAUCGCAACAGAGAAGACAGGAUAUCCUGUAAGGAUCUGAAGAGCAUGCUGAGCCAGGUCAACUACAGGGUGCCCAACAUGAGGUUCCUCCGAGAGAAACUUCCGGACUCAGAGUUGAGGAAUGGAGACGUGUCCUUCAGCCAGUUUGCCCAGCUUUAUCGUAGUCUCAUGUUUGAUGCCCAGAAAAACAUGGAAAUCCCAUUUCUACAAAAGUUCAUUGAUAGACCAGAACAGAGGAUUUCCCAAGAGGAGUUCAAGAACUUCCUCUUGGAGUCUCAAAAGGAAAUGUGGGCCACAGAUAACCUUCAAGUCCAGGAGUUUAUGUUCGGCUACCUGAAAGACCCCCUGAGGGAAGUGGAGCAGCCUUAUUUCCAUCAAGACGAGUUCCUCACAUACCUGUUCUCCAAAGAGAACACCAUUUGGGAUUCCUCGCUGGACCAAGUAUGUCCUGAGAAUAUGAACAACCCCCUGUCUCACUACUGGAUCUCCUCUUCGCACAACACCUACCUGACAGGAGACCAGUUUUCCAGCGAGUCGUCCUUGGAGGCGUACGCUCGCUGUCUGAGGAUGGGCUGCCGCUGUAUUGAAUUGGACUGCUGGGAUGGCCCUGAUGGAAUGCCAGUCAUCUACCAUGGGCACACCCUCACAACCAAAAUCAAGUUUUGUGAUGUCUUGACCACAAUUAAAGAGCAUGCCUUUGUCACAUCCGACUAUCCCAUCAUCCUGUCCAUCGAGGACCACUGUAGUAUUGUGCAGCAGAGGAAUAUGGCUGGUCAAUUUAAGAAGGUGUUUGCAGACAUGCUGCUAACCAAAGCAGUGGAUGUUGGAGCAGAUGGGCUGCCCUCACCCAAUCAGCUCAAGAGGAAGAUCCUCAUCAAGCAUAAGAAGCUUGCAGAAGGCAGCGCCUAUGAGGAGGUGUCCACCUCCACUCCCUACUCAGAGAAUGAUAUCAGCAACUCCAUCAAAAAUGGCAUCCUGUACCUGGAAGAUCCCAUUAACCAUGAGUGGUACCCUCAUUUUUUUGUCCUAACCAGCAAUAAGAUCUACUACUCAGAAGAGACCUCCAGUAACCCGGGUAAUGAUGAUGAGGAGGAGCACAGAGAGGUGUCCUAUGGUAUGGACCAGCAUGUGACAGAGAAAUGGUUCCAUGGAAAGCUUGGUGCUGGGCGGGAUGGGCGGCAGAUAGCCGAGAGGCUGCUGUCUGAAUACUGCGUGGAGACUGGAGCUCCUGAUGGCUCCUUCUUGGUCCGGGAAAGUGAGACCUUUGUGGGAGACUACACUCUGUCUUUCUGGCGCUCGGGGAGGGUGCAACACUGUCGUAUCCACUCUCGUCAGGAGGCAGGCAGCCCCAAGUUCUACCUGACUGACAACCUGGUAUUUGAUACACUCUUUGCCCUGAUUACCCACUACCAGCAGGUGGCACUGCGCUGUAACGAAUUUGAAAUGAAACUGACUGAGCCAGUACCUCAGACCAAUGCUCAUGAGAGCAAAGAGUGGUACCACGCCAACCUCUCCAGGAGCCAGGCAGAGAACAUGUUGAUGCGGGUUCCUCGUGAUGGGGCUUUUCUAGUCAGAAAAAGGGCAGAGCCCAAUUCUUUUGCCAUUUCAUUCAGGGCCGAGGGUAAAAUAAAGCACUGUCGUGUGCAGCAGGAGGGUCAGACCGUGGUGCUGGGCACCUCAGAGUUUGACAGCCUUGUAGAUCUCAUCAGCUACUAUGAGAAGCACCCUCUGUACCGUAAAAUGAAACUACGCUAUCCCAUCAAUGAGGACACACUGGAGAAGAUAGGGACUGCUGAGCCAGACUACGGGUCUCUAUACGAGGGUAGGAAUCCAGGCUUUUAUGUGGAGGCUAAUCAAAUGCCUACAUUCAAGUGCACGGUGAGAGCCAUGUAUGAGUAUAAAGCCCAGAGAGACGAUGAGCUCUCCUUCACUAAGAAUGCUAUCAUUUCUAGUGUGGAAAAACAGGAAGGAGGAUGGUGGAAGGGUGACUGUGGAGGAAAGAAGCAGCUGUGGUUUCCGGCAAACUACGUGGAGGAGAUCAGUCCAUCAGCAGCUGAGCCUGAUGACAGAACUGAGAUGACAGAAAACAGCCCUCUGGGAGAUCUGCUGAGAGGAAGCAUUGAUGUGCCUGCCUGUCAGAUUGUUGAGCGUCCCGAAGGGAAAGGCAGCAGGCCUCACGUCUUCUCCCUAGUGCCGACUACCUCUAUGCGGGCAGGCCCAGUGCUGGACAUCGCUGCAAACACUCAAGAAGAGCUCAAGGAAUGGGUGCGCAAGAUCCGUGAAGUCACCAUGACCUCAGAGGCCAAGCUGGAGGAGGGGAAGAUGAUGGAAAGGAGGAAGAAGAUUGCACUGGAAUUAUCUGACCUGGUCAUUUACUGUAGGCCUGUGCCAUUUGAUGAAGAAAAGAUUGGCACAGAGCGAGCCUGUUUCCGGGAUAUGUCAUCCUUCCCUGAAACCAAGGCAGAGAAAUACGUCAACAAAAUCAAGGGGAAGAAGUUCCUGCAGUACAAUCGGCUGCAGCUGUCCAGGAUCUACCCCAGAGGCCAGAGACUAGACUCUUCUAACUAUGACCCACUCCCCAUGUGGCUCUGCGGAUCUCAGCUGGUAGCACUUAACUUCCAGACAGGAGACAAGCCUAUGCAGAUGAACCAGGCCCUGUUCAUGCUGAAUGGAAGAAGUGGCUAUGUCCUUCAGCCCCCCAUCAUGAGAGACGACAACUUUGAUCCCUUUGACAGACAAACACUACGGGGUGUGGAACAAAUCAGUCUGGAGAUUGAGGUCUUGGGCUCCCGGCACCUGCCCAAGCAUGGACGUGGCAUCGUUUGCCCUCUGAUUGAGAUCGAGGUGUGUGGAGCAGAGUACGAUAGUGCCAAGCAAAAAACAGACUCGGAAGCUGAUAAUGGUCUGAAUCCCACUUGGCCAAGAAAGUCAUUCCAGUUCACAGUGUUCAACUCUGCUUUUGCCUUUCUGCGUUUUGUGGUGUACGAGAUUGACAUGUUCAACGACCAAAACUUCCUGGCUGAGGCCACGUUCCCCAUUCAUGGCCUAAAGACAGGUUACCGGUCAGUACCUCUGAAGAACAGCUACAAUGAGGAUCUGGAGUUGGCUUCUCUCUUAGUCCACAUGGACAUAACCAGAGGCAGGGAUGAAAACGGUGAGGUUCCGAGCCCAUUUGCUGCAGUCGGGGCCAUGUCAGUGUCAGCAUCAGCUCAGUCAGUGCGGGAGCGUUUUGGGGAACUGAGCUCAGUGUCCUCAACUUCCUCCAGCAUGUCUCCUUUGCCGCAGUCGCCAGCCCAGGCCAUGGCCUACAGAGGGAGGGAAGGCUCUUUUGAAUCCCGCUACCAGUCCCCUAUAGAUGACUUCAGGGUGUCCCAGGAGACGCUGCUGGACAUGGACUCGCAGAACAGAAGGAUCCCGCGGAGGACCAGAGUGGGCGGAGAGAACCGUGUCUAAGUCCAAGCCAAUCAGGACGCAUUUCUGUUGCACCCCCCUCCUCCCAUCCCCACCACCCAGUCGCCUCUCCUCGUACUGAUGAUGUCACUGACUGCUGUGAACACUGUUUCCAUGGAAACGCCCACCACCGCUUUGGCCUACAUUUCAGGCAGCUCUCCCUCCCUCCAUCCAC